AUGGUUGAUCGCAGGAAGGACGCGGAUAAAGUAGAGUUGCCAGGACCAACGAAGACGCAUGCAAGCGAUGGAAGGCGAAUUUACGGAUCCGCCGGUGAGCAACUGGAGUUCGACAAUCUGUAUCCAGUAUUUGCGACCCCUUCUGGGCGGGAGCGGAGAACCGAAGCGAGAUGUGGCACGUCGAUCGACAUAGACGACUUCAUAAUUGCACUGCCCGUGAAAGAGAUGAACGACCUCUACGUGGCGAUUUGUCCCGGUGAAGAUGACCGUGCGCACAACUUUAUCUGGAUGAUGCGUUGGCUGGAGACGUGCAUGGAGCUGUCUGAGGAGCAAGACGAACAUAUCGAGCGCUCUAUCGCGAUGGAGGCGGACCCUUCGACGCCACACAACACCCUCAUGAACCAUUAUAAGGAAGGCCUUGACUUGCAGAAACGCUACAACGUAGUUGCCGAUCUAGCCACAGCUAUGGACAGAGUCGAUAUGCUGGCGGACCAACUCAAGGAUCAAGCUCACUGGACAUGCUCUUGCGAGAAUUGUCAUACUACCGCUCGCCCCAAUGGGUUCAAGAGCAACCUUUCGACUUGGCACCACAAGCUCUAA